AUGUCUCAGUGUCAUAUCAAGUGUGAAUUAUUGUCAUUGAAUCGUCAUAUGAAUGGAAGUUGCGAUAAGAAAGUUAUUGAAUGUGAGAAAUGUGGUUGUGUAUUGUUCCAAUCAGACAAAAAAAUUCAUCAAGAUUGGUGUGACAAAUCAAUUCUUGAUGUUGUAGAUUAUGUCAGAAAUGAAAUUAUAGUCAAACGAUAUGGAGAACCUUCUCAAUACUCUGAAUUACCUAAUAACUUUGAUGUUCCAUAUUCUAGAACUCUAAAAAAUCAUUCUCAAAGACCUUAUCCCCCUCAACUAUUUCUAAAAGAAGAUCCUAUGGCAUUUAGUCGUCGUCCCUCUUACCACCAAAAUUUCUUAAAACAGAAUGACCUUCAGUAUCAUUUUGAUUUUGAAUGCUAA